AUGGAUAUAGGGCUGAGUUUGUCGUUUUGUGGAGAUGAGGUGAAAAUAUCUAUCUAUCUAUCUAUCUAUCUAUCUAUCUAUCUAUCUAUCUAUCUAUCUAUCUCAGUCUGUUCCAUAUCUAUCUAUCUAUCUAUCUAUCUUGGCCUAUUCUUAUCUCUCUGUGAGAAAAAUGAAAAACUGGGUGGAGAUGAGGUGAAAAUAUCUAUCUAUCUAUCUAUCUAUCUAUCUAUGACUGUUCUUAUCUUUCUACGAGAAAAAUAUACUAUUAAGGACAUUCUAUCUAUCUAUCUAUCUAUCUAUCUAUCUAUCUCAGUCUCGUCAUAUCUAUCUAUCUAUCUUUUAUCUAUCUAUCUAUCUAUCUAUCUAUCUAUCUAUCUAUCUCCGAACUACCACCAGUCCCCAGCUGUUAAACAUAUCUUCACUUCUUUCAUUUUUCUUUUUUUCUUUCUUCCUUUUUCUUUUUUCUUUAUUUUCUUUCUUUCCUUCUUUUUCCUUUUUCUUUUUCUCUUAUUGUUCUUUCUUUCUUUCUUUUUCAUUCUUUCUUUCUUUUUCAUUCUUUCUUUCUUUUAUUUUCUCACGGAAACUAAGUAA